GGAAAGCGCGGUCGGGUUUGAAAAUAGGAACGACCUUUGAUUUAAAAAUUGUUGGUCGCUUGGUUGAUCGUAUCGACACUUCUAUUUGAGUAGUAUCAGCCGGCUGGAAUGUAAUUAAGUCGAGAAUUCAUAUGCAUUUCAUCGGGAGAAUUACUCCGACGGCUGGAAUUGUGCAAUUCCAGCUAACUGAUCAAGUUGCUCGUUACAACUUACUCCUAUUCUGAAUUGUAACGGAUUCUUAAUUCCAUGCCAGUUCAUCUGGCCGUAAUUAUCAGACAUUAUGAAAAAGAAAAGAUCUGUUGCUACCGAAUUAGUUCAACGUGCUUCAUCUAUAUUACCAGCAUUUACUGAUAUAUUUGAUGAAGAAACAUUUUAUAUAUUUUUUAUUUGUCUUGUUAUUUUCUCAUUUAUUAUAGCAUUUAGUAUAGCUAAAUAUUUCGAUGUAACAAUUAAAGAUGCAGAUCAUUUAAAAUUAACUAAACGACAAAAAUUAAAACGACACCACUAUUCAAUGAAUCAACAAAAAUGA